AUUGGUGGAAAGUGUAAGCAGAAUCGCGCCAGUUUUGCAGCUGCCGUCGAGUCGCUGUUGUAUCUUUAGUGCCUUCAACACUUUCCAAGCGGAUUAUUUAUACGUUCUCCAUCACAUUUUACUAUUAAACCGUUUGCGAUAAACAUGGCACCGAAAGAUUAUGUGGCGGAGAAGGAGAAGUGUAAGCGCUUUCCAGAGUUUUACAGUGAGGAUGACUCUGGAAAGAAAGUGUUCAAAUACGGCGCCCAACUGGUCUCUCUGGCUCACCGUGAGCAGGUGGCACUGGUGGUGGAUCUGGACGACUUGGCUGAAGAAGACCCUGAGCUGGUGGAGAGCGUGUGUGAAAAUGCUAAACGGUACACCGCACUGUUUGCUGAUGCUGUUCAUGAGCUGCUGCCUGAAUACAGAGAACGAGAGGUUGUGGCAAAGGAUGCACUGGAUGUUUAUAUUGAGCACAGGCUGAUGAUGGAGACCAGAGGUCGUGACCCUGCAGAUACCCGUGACUCCAGGAAUCAGUACCCAUCUGAACUCAUGCGCAGAUUUGAGGUGUAUUUCCGACCUCCAUCCACACUGAAGGCAAAGGUGGUUCGUGACGUAAAGGCUGACAGCAUCGGUCAGCUGGUGAACGUCAGAGGUAUCGUAACCCGAGCAACGGAGGUGAAACCAAUGAUGGCAGUUGCCACGUACACAUGUGACCAGUGCGGCGCAGAGACGUAUCAGCCGAUCGCCUCUCCGAGCUUCACCCCGCUGAUCAUGUGCCCCAGUCAGGAAUGUGUCACCAACAAAUCUGGAGGGCGACUGUACAUACAGACAAGAGGGUCAAAGUUCGUCAAAUUCCAGGAGCUGCGCAUUCAGGAACAUAGCGAUCAGGUGCCCGUAGGAAACAUUCCUCGUAGUAUGACCAUUUAUGCGCGUGGAGAGAACACACGCGUGACGCAGCCCGGAGAUCACGUGGCCAUUUCUGGAAUAUUUCUUCCUCUGUUGCGCUCUGGAUUCAGACAGGCUGUGCAGGGUUUGCUCUCAGAGACGUAUCUGGAGUGUCACUGCAUCACUCUGAUGAAUAAAACUGAGGAUGAUGAGUUGGGUACAGAGGAGCUUGGUGAUGAAGAGCUGAGACAAAUUACAGAGGAGGAUUUCUAUGAGAAGCUGGCAGGAUCAAUCGCUCCAGAGAUAUACGGUCAUGAGGAUGUGAAGAAGGCCCUUCUGCUUUUGCUGGUGGGUGGAGUUGAACAGGCACCACGUGGCAUGAAGAUCAGAGGAAACAUUAACAUCUGUCUAAUGGGAGAUCCGGGUGUUGCCAAGUCUCAGCUGCUGUCGUAUAUCGACCGUCUUGCCCCACGCAGUCAGUACACGACUGGACGAGGUUCGUCUGGUGUAGGUUUGACGGCAGCUGUGAUGCGUGACCCGGUCACAGGAGAGAUGACCCUGGAGGGUGGGGCGUUAGUGCUGGCUGACCUGGGCGUGUGCUGCAUCGAUGAGUUUGAUAAGAUGGCGGACGCAGACCGUACGGCCAUUCAUGAGGUUAUGGAGCAACAAACCAUUUCUAUCGCCAAGGCGGGCAUCAUGACAUCUUUAAAUGCACGUUGCUCGAUCUUGGCAGCGGCAAACCCGGCGUAUGGUCGCUAUAAUCCUCGCAAGACAAUCGAGCAGAACAUUCAGCUGCCUGCAGCGUUGCUGUCUCGUUUUGACUUGCUGUGGCUCAUCCAAGACAAACCGGAUACUGACAACGAUCUGCGACUGGCCCAACACAUUACAUACGUCCACCAGCACUGCAAACAGCCACCUACACACUUCACUCCAAUUGACAUGAAACUUAUGAGGCGUUACAUCAAUAAGUGCAAACAGAAGCAGCCAGUGGUUCCUGAGGCUCUGUCUGAUUACAUCACAGCGGCGUAUGUGGAGAUGAGAAAAGAGGCGCGAGUUAGCAAAGACACAACAUUCACCUCUGCCCGAACACUGCUGUCCAUUCUGCGACUCUCCACUGCCCUGGCUCGUUUGCGGAUGGUUGAUAUUGUCGAGAAGGAGGAUGUAAAUGAAGCCAUGAGACUGAUGGAGAUGAGCAAAGACUCCCUGCAAGCUGACAAGACCAACAACACAAGGGCACAGCGGCCUGCAGAUGUCAUCUUCUCUCUGUUGCGCGAGUUGGCUGGCGAUGGUUCUGUUAAGUCCGUUCACAUGACGGAGGCGGAGCAACGUUGCGUGUCUCGCGGUUUCACGCCUGCGCAGUUCCAGGCCGCUCUUGAUGAAUACGAGGAGCUGAACGUGUGGCAGAUAAACCAGGCGCGCACACGCGUCACAUUUGUUUGAACUUGAACCUUCGUGCUUGUUCAGUGAUCACCGCAGCUUCUGCAUCAAAGUGACAAUGUUAAAUUCAUGAUAUUUCUCAUGUUUGGGGUUUCUUGCUUUUUAAUUUCGUAAAUAAAUGUUGUAAAUAGUUUAAGUUUGUGUCUCUGGCUCUUGUAUUUUAUAGAGGUUAUUUACAAAUGCACGCCUGCAGAGACGACAUGCAGACGUUAUAAAGACUCACUGAUAUUAUCAAAAUAAAAUAAGUAGUUUUUUAAGAUGUAGAAGGUGAAAAUAUUUUGCACAUUUACUGUGAUUGUAAACAGUGAUGAUAAUGAUGGUCACUGUAAAUGCUAUUUGUAUUUGACUCGUUUUGAAGCUUCUGCACAUUCGUCCGGAUGAAAUAAAGGUGAUGAAAAUG